UGAGAACAAAAACACAACUUUUUUAGAUCUUCAAACGAAUUUCUAUCGCCAUCAAUUCUUUUGUGAGAUAUAGAAACAGGAUGAAUGAGCAAACUACACAAGAUAAUAAUCCCACAGCUCCAACCAUCCUUCCAGCAAAGCGAAGGCGCGGCCGCCCACGCAAAGAUGGAGGUGUUGCUAAAAGAGGGAAUUUACAAUCUCCAGUGACUCCCCCACCACCUGAAACCAUCAAGAAAGUUCAACAAAAUGCAGUUGAACUGAGCCAAAGAGAUGGAAGCAUUGUUGGUGGUAAUAACAUUAUAGGACAGAUGGUUUCUGGUGUCGUUGACGGUUGUUUUGAUGCAGGGUACUUCAUCUCAGUACGCGUAGGUAAUAGCGCCACCACCCUCCGCGGAUUAGUUUUCCAGCCGGGGCGAUUCGCUCCUAUUACACCAGCAAAUGAUGUUGCCCCUUCAGCUACAAUGUAUCAUAGAAACCAAGUUUCAACCCCACUUUUAAACCUUCAGCAAGAAAACCAGCCAAAUGUUGCACCAGCACAAGUUUUACCUUCUAAGCCAAUGUCAAGUGCAACAUUUGUACCAAAUAACAGUCAAUUUGCUCCUGUUAUGGCACCUCAGUCUGACACUGUUAUGACAUCUAACGAGGCGCGAAGUAAAAUCAUGCUGCAGCAAAAUCAAUCUCAAUCUACCCUUCCACUGGAAAAUCUUAGAAUGGUUGAACAGGAUGAAGUAAUGCAAGUGUUUGAAGUCACAAAUCAAUCAGAAGGGACUGAAAUAAAUGCAGAACCAACAAAAGGUAUGUUUUCAGAAUCCUUAUUAGAACCAAAAGCUAGUGAAGGAACUAGCAACCAAAACCAAGUUAUGGGCUCAACAUUUCAGCCUGCUGUGGACCACCAAUCGAUCGAAUCUGAAUCCAAGAACGAUAAGCAGCUGAAUCCUGAGCAGUCGUAUAUGCAAACGUUACUUCAGCCGGGAGAGUUUGUUCACUGUGAAGCGAAGAAACUUGAGAUCCACCGAGCUCCUAUAAACGCUCAAACUCAAGUCGAUUUCCAAGGACUUUCUCCCAUGAAUGAAGACAUUCAGAUGAAAGACUGGACGCAAAGCGGACAAGAAAACCAACAGAAUCAAUUCAAUCAAAGUAGUCUAUUUGCUGAACUUAACUCUGUUGCCCAAGAAACACAAGCUGCUGAAACUCAAGUUAUUGAACAGAACCAUACACAUAUGAUGGAGAAACUACACUAUGUUGAGAUGCCUGAGGCUACUAAUGAAAAUUCAAAUGCUGAUAUCAACCAAGUAGUGGUUACUAGUGAAACUCAAGCGGCGGCUCCAGAAUCGAUUAAGACUUCAAUGGACUUCAUGAUGGAAAAGCUGAGUUACUCAAAGAAUGAGGAAUCUCAAAAUACUCAUGUUGGAACUGAAGUUGAGUUAGCAGUAAAUGCUGAAACAUCAAAUGAAACUAAGGAAGCAAGUGAUCCUGGUGACAAACUUGUGUUAGGUUCUCAAUUAGCAUCACAACAAGAAGAGGCAGAGACAGGAAAUUCUGAUCAAUCAGCAAAAGUUGAAACACAAAAUAAAAGUUGUGAUGGUGGCAACAACAACUUGGAGAUUGUUAACCAAGGCCAGCAAAACCAACCUUGAAGCAGCUUAUAAAUAAAGAUAAAACAAGAUUUUAUUUUCGAUUUUAUUUUAUCUAUAAGUAGCUGACAGAAGGGAGCCUGGGAGCAACGGUAAAGUUGUCUCCGUGUGACCUAUAAGUCAUGGUUCGAUCCAUGGAAACAGCCACUAACUCUUGCGUUAGGUUAGGCUGUCUACAUCACAUCCUUUAGGUACGGCUCUUUCCCCGAUCCUGCAUAAACGCGGGAUGCUUUGUGCAUCGGGCUGCCCUUUAUAAGCAAUUGAUUGAUAGUUUAGAGCCUUAUCUUCGAGUUAGACUUGGUUUCUUUUUCUUUUAUUUUGCAAGACUUUUUUGGAGUCACUGGACCUGAAUCAUCCCAAUUAUGUAUGCUUUUCUCAUCA